GUAGCAACUGCCCUCUUAUGAGAGCAACAGCAGCUAACUCGUCUUUCUAGCUUCUUUAGUUUGUCUUGCGGUAGUAAAGCAUUCUAUACAUUGAAGACAGUCACGCAGAAAGAAUGGCAACAGGUAUUAUGAGGUCGUAUCACGCGUUUGCUCUGCUUCUCUUCGCUGCUUUCAGAUACAAUGACGUCGUCUUGCCUUGUAAUCUCUCUCCACCACACAUAACAGAGCAACCAACGUCCGUCACAAUCCGUAUUUCACUUGAAGAGCUAAGGAAGGCAGCCACCUGUCGAUCUCUCAACAAGCUGUUGUCCCUUGGCAUGUCACGACUGUCACACUCGGUCAACAUUGCUCUUUCUUCCUUUACUCGUCGACAAGACCACGCUGCGCUACUGAAUGCCGUUUACGUUCUCGAUCGUCUUCGGUUCCUAGAUUUAUCGUCCAUAUUUUCCAAGAGUCGCGUGAGAAAAGCCACUGACACCUUGAACAAAGAGCUCGAUCUGUCAAGGUGUGGUCGACCCACACAACAUUGGUCGAUUACCCUGAGUAAACUAUACGACAUAGAGCAGUUGAAAAAGGAUGCGGAGGGUCGUCGUUAUGAAGCCGUCGUCGAUAUGCUCAGAAUUUUGCACAGGAGCAACGCACAAGGAGUUUUCCGAUCACUUGACUUGGCGUGUCCGCAUCUGCACAAGAUGUGGGUAUAUAAUAGAUUUAUUCGCUUGCGUUGCAGUGCAGAUGAGAGCAUUAGCACAGAGUGGUACAAGAACUCAAAUCCAUUGAGUCCUUCGUAUCGUGUCUUUCCGAGCUCUGCUCGCCACUCGACGACGUCGUAUCUCAAUAUUUUUGAUCUGCGCAUUCUCGAUGCUGGUUGGUACAGCUGUAAAGCUAUACGUGGCUGCAGUUCUACUCAGUCAGAAAAUGCAUUGGUCAAAAUGAUAAUACAAGGUUAUGGAAAAACUGAGCAUUACCCUAACGUAUAUGCUACUACAAAGAAUCGUUGUAGUGUAACUGGACGGCAUCGGUUUCUAGCCAUUGGUGAUGACGCUACAUAUGUGAGAAACGUAAUAGAUGACUUUGUAGUGAGAGAUGGUAAUGUCGAUGUGCUGCAACUGUCUCGCGUCAAUUUUAACAAUGCAUCUCUCAUCAACUCCCAUUUUGGUAGUCUAGUCAUCACAAGCAUUGGUGACAUCAUGAACUUGUCGAUCAUCAAUUCCACCGUAGAAAAGAUAGAAAUUGAGAACGUCACCAUACGCAACAUGCUGAUCUUAGACUCAUCUACAUUCUCAGGACACUUUUCCAAAGUUCGAAUACUAACAGGUAAUGUGUGGAGAUACACUCUUAUUAAUUCUACACUUACUAACGUCAGCUACACCAACUUAUCAUUCGAAGACUACACAACAAUCAACUCUACAUUUUUCGACUGUUCUUACAGCAACGUAUCAUUUGUAAACGUCACUCUGCUAAACUUGUCGUCCAUCAACUCAACACAUACCAAUAUUUCAUCUAUAAUGAUGGCACAAGUAAACACCACGUGGAUCAACACGACUUUCGAAGACUACACAACAAUCAACUCUACAUUUUUUGACUGUUCUUACAGCAACGUAUCAUUUGUAAACGUCACUCUGCUAAACGUGUCGUCCAUCAACUCAACACAUACCAAUAUUUCAUCUAUAAUGAUGGCACAAGUAAACACCACGUGGAUCAACACGACUGUCACCAACACAAGUUUAGUAUAUUUUGUAUGGAAAAAUGUCACUUACGUUAACUUAACUUCACAAAAUUCUACAAUGGUAAAUGGAACCAUGAUUGAUAUAAAAUAUAUCAACGCAAAGUUUAAGAACGAUACGUGGGCAAGUAUAUUUGUCUCUGACUUUUUGACAAUCAACGCGACAUUAAUGGCAUUCGCAGCUGCCAAUACAACAGCAUGCAACGUUACGAAACAAAAUGUGACGUUCAUCAACUCGACGUUCUACAUGUGGACGGAAUGGAAUGCUACACUGUUUAAGACUUCGUACUACAAUGUUACAUUUGUUGGAUGCCGAGCCGUUAACGUAACGGAAAGAAAUGGAACAACUGUAAACAGCAUAUAUAUUGAUCAUUCUGUUGUCAAUGGGACUACAAUAGCAGCAUACACACGCAACGUGUCUUAUCUUCUGGGCCUACUUGUUAGACAAAGUUAUUAUGAAUAUCGUUACUAUUACUACUAUGGUCGUUAUGACUACUAUACGUUUUAUGACUUCACAAGUUUCUGGUAUCGAUGGCAUGAUUUCAUGUGGAUCUACAAGUUAAGUGGACACUUGCUCAACCAUUUGCAAAGACUUGCUGUUUACGGUUCAACCAUAAUUAGUACUAGUACAGUUUUUUCUCCGUUUCAAAAAAGUGCAAGCUUAACAAUGUGUAAUUACAGAUCUUGGCUAUGGCCUUCCUAUUCUGACUACUGGAAAUGGCGAAACUGGUGGUAUGGAGGUGAAUCUAGAUGGCGGCAGCAGCAAAAUGAGUGGAACCAUAGAGGAAGCUAUUCAAUGUGGUGGUUUAGACCGACAGAAGGAUUGUGGAAUGUGUGGAGAGAUUAUUGCAAAGAUUGGCAAUCAAAUUCUUUACGUAAUGGUUGUGACAACUGCUUCAUGAACUGGUCAAUUGUUAACAGCAGUUUGAACAAUGUGAUGCUCAACAGCACCGCUUUCACAAAAUCAAACAUGAUCAAUACAAGUAUAGUCAACACGACAUAUAGAAACAGCUCUUUUGGUGACGUUCUAAUUAGCAACGUGACUUUCACCAAUCAGACUUUCACCAAUCUAACUAUCACUAAUCUGACUAUCACCAACUCCAGUCUUGUCAAUACCACCUUCAUCAACAUGACUUCAUGGAAUGGAACUUAUCAAAUCGUAAAUUCUUCAUUGCAUAACGUCUCGUAUAUCAACUUUACUGUAAAGGGGUAUACUGCAAUUAACGUUUAUGAGAACCUGACUGUAGAAGUGAAUGGAACAUGGUACAACUACACACUCAAUAAUGUUACCAGCUACAAUAGUCACAAAACAAACGUGUCAAUAGUGAAUCAGCGUCAAUGGAAAGACGGACUAUUACCGCCAGUAGCGUAUCCCUUCAAUAACUGGCCAGCGGUUUUUAAUUCUGUGGCUAACUUAACCAACUACACUCUUAUUAAUGCCACGUUUACCAACGUCAGUUUGACAAAUGUAUCAUUUGAAGCAUACACUACAAUCAACUCCCGAUUUUUCUAUUGUUCUUACAUCAAUAUCUCAUUUGUGAACGCCACUUUGUUAAACGUGUCUGCAAUCAACUCAUCGCAUACCAACGUAUCAUCAGUCAUGAUGACACAAGUCAAUACCACGUGGAUCAACACAACUGAAAAGAAUGUGACUCUACAUAAUUUCAUAUGGUAUAAUGUCACUUAUCUCAAUUUUGUAUCAUACAACCGAAAAAUGGCAAACGGCACUAUGCUAAACAUAAAAUAUAUUAACGUCAAGUCUAAGAAUGAAACACGAGCAAAUUUAUUUGUUUCUGACGUUGUGGAAAGGAAUGCGACUCUAUUAGAAUUUGCUGCCUUCAAAGUGGCAACAGGAAACAUCACAAGACAAAACGUGACGUUCAUCAACUCGAUUAUCUAUAAGUGCACAGAAUGGAAUGCUAAAAUGUACAAGACUUUUUACGACAAUGUUGCAUUUAUUGGAUGCAAAGCCGUCAACGUAACGGAUAGAAAUGGAGUAAUAGUAAACAGCACGUACGUUAGUCAUUCUAUGCUCACUGUAACGACAAUGGCAGCAUACACAAACAACGUGUCAUACUUCUUGUUUCGUGACUACAGAUAUCGUUAUAGGAGUUAUUAUUACUAUUACUACCGACGUUACUACUAUACGUACUACGACUUUCCAAGAUACUGGUGGGAAUGGAAAUAUUUCUCAUUGAUCUACAGUCGAGUUAGACAUUUGUUCAGUUACUUGCAGAGACUUGAUGGUUACAGUCAAUAUAGUAUGAACUUUGCUCCGAUCGAAAGAGACGUACAUACAUGUACCUACGCAUCUUGGCAAUGGCGCAGCUUCUAUUAUUUCAAUCAGUGGCAAUGGGAGGAUUGGUGGCAUGGAGAUGAAUCUUCGUGGCGCCAACAGCAAGAUCAAUGGAAGCGACUGCAAAGCUAUUCUAUGUGGUGGUUUAGACCGACCGAAGAGUUGUGGAAACUGUGGAGAGAUUAUUGUAUUAACUGGUCAUCGAACUCGUUCCGAAGAAACUGUGACAAUUGUUUCUUCCACUGGUCGAUCAGUAAUAGCAGUUUGGUUAACGCGAUCUUCAACAGUUCCGAUUUCCUCAAUGCGACUAUUAACAACACAGCAUACACAAACAGUAACUUCACUGACGUUUACAUUAAAAAACUAACUAUUAAUAACUCUAGACUUUUAAAUGUCACAUUUUUCAACACGACGGUUCUAGAUGGAAAAAUCAACGUUGCAAAUUUCGUGUUGUGCGAUGUCUCUUUUGUCAACUUUGACGUGGAGGUACCAAGCGAUGUGUUUAGGAUUGUGACAGUAGAUGGGAAGGGAAUGUGGCACAGCUACGAUCUCAAUAAUGGAGAAAGUUAUACAGCUCGCAAGAUGAACGUUUCAAUAGCAAGCUCAAGUCAAACGCAACAGCAGUUAGUGUUGAAUUUGAACCACUUGUCUGAUUGGGAAUGGAUGAACGACACAUGUACGGUGCUUAAAGACUAGGUCUAGACGAUUGAUGUAACUGACUACAUCAACGAUAAUUUUACAAAUGAGACUGUCGUCCAAAAAUGACGAUUAAAAUCAAUACAAAUAUUUCAGCAAUCGUACAAUAACCACUAUUGGUUUUGUUAGACUGAUCAUAGCGUCUUCAAAUAGCUAAAACUGUCAAGGACGAUCGAGAAUUGUACG